AUGAACGACGACAGGAGUGAGGACGAUCCGAUCAUGGACUUGUUGUACAGCAACUGGGAACAGCAAUGCGUCGAGGCGGUCGAGUCCGAGCCCGAUUACGAGAGUCAGCUGCACAACGAGAAGGAGAUCUACUCGCAGCAGAUGUGGACGAAGUUCCAGACCACCGCGUCGGCCAUCGCCCAGUUGUACAAAGACCGCACGCUGGGAGUCUCGCUGUGGGUACCCUUUCAGACGGCUGCUGGAACCGUCACAGCAUUAUACAAAGAUUCAAUGGACUAUAUGAGGCGAUGCAGCGAUUUGGGAGUGGAAAUGGGCAGACAGAAACGUUGUAAAGAAAUAAUGAAUUGGGCUAGGAAAAAAAGACGUAUGAUUCGCAGGGAAGAGCUUCUUGCAUAUCUCGCUGGAAAACCACCUCCACCUCGUUCGCAUCCACACAGAAGUUCACCUAAACCACGAAUGAUGGUGUGCGGGUCCCCAUCGUCGCAAAGUCAAACAGCGAGUAUGGUUAUCGCUCCAGCACCGACAGCAGGUACUGAUCCAGAUCCUGAAUUACACACGUUUAGAGAAGCAUUGUCGGGCUCUCCAGUGUCUCGGCGUAGUGGAAGACAAGCCGAACUGUCGGCCUUUAUUAGCAACGAAUUGGCUCGGCAUCACAAACGGCCUGCUUCGCACGAUGUGGAUAUGGGAUCACCCACGCACAAACGUACGCGUACUACACUGUAACGGCGCGCGACAUGUACGGUAGCUUUACUCCCUCGUUCCCUGUUAAUUAAUCGUCCUGAUUAAUGACUAAUAGCUCAUCUCCCCUACGUAACUUCUAGUUAUGUAUCAUUUGAGGGAAACGGUAGUGGUUUACACUGCCAGAUAAGCACGUUCGUAUGUGUCUCCGAUAGCUUUUACUGCCGUUUUCGAUUUACAUAACAUUUCAAAAUUAUUCUCACAAAAGUUCUGUAGAGUGCGCAUGUCUAACGCAUAAAAUUAAAAUAAUGUACUUUUAAUAUCGAAUAACAUAUUUAUGGUAUAUUCAUUUUGCGUAUAUAGUAUAUCGACUAACAUUUUAUUCACGUUUCAAACGUUUUUAUUUCCUCUUAUACGCGAUUUCGUGAAAUUUGUACUAUAUAUAUGUAUAUAUGUAUAUGUAUUUAUGUACACUGAGAAAAAAAUACUAAAUAGAUUCAAAUAAAUAUUUCUUGGAAUAGUA